AUUUGUAUCAUUAAAAUGCUAGAAAAAAAACCAAUAUCUGAAAUUAAGAAUAAAAUUAAGAGACGUGAAAUAUUCUUAAAGACACAAAAGCAGCAGAAUCGACAAAAUAAAAAAAGGAAAGAAAAAAAUCAAGAAACUUCCGAAAAGGGUGUUACACAUACCAUUGAAAGCUUAAGGGAGCCAGAUGAAACUUUCGUUAAUGAAACUAAUGCUUUGGAGAUUGUAAACAAUGAGUUUGAACAAUACUUCCAGCAAUCAGUAAAACCAAACAUUGCCAUUACAUCAAGCUAUCAUCCUUAUAAAAAAACGAAUAAAUUUUGCAGAGAUUUAGAAACUAUUAUCCCAAACUCAAAGUAUUACAUCAGGAAAAAAACUAACUUAUCGAUACUUCUUCCAAAAGCAAUUGAAAAGGGCUUCACUGACCUUGUAUUUGUUAAUGAAGAUAAAAAAAUACCAAGUUCAUUGAUGAUAUGCCAUCUACCAAAUGGUCCAACAACUUUAUACAAAAUAUUAAAUUUCAAGUUAUCUUUUGCAUUCAAGAAAAAUAGUCGGAAAUACCCAGAACAACCGGAGGUAGUUUUGAACAAUUUUACGACAACGCUCGGCCAUACUAUAGGCAAAAUGUUUGCCGUGUUAUUCCCCCAAACGCCGGAUUUUGUUCAUAGAAGGCUCGUCACAUUUCAUAACCAAAGAGAUUAUAUCUUUUUUCGACACCACAGAUAUCAAUUUAAAAAUGGCGAAAAAGUUGCUUUGCAGGAGUUAGGCCCGAGAUUUACUUUGCGACUCCAAUUUCUACAACGCGGUUUAUUUGAUCCUAAUCACGGCGAUUACGAAUGGUCGCUCAAACGUCAUCAAAUGGAAAAGAGUCGGAGAAAGUUCUAUUUGUAAAGAUUUAUGGACCCAUUUUUUUUGAUUAUGUUAAUGGAAUCCUACUUGAAGCUUCAUUAAAAUCAAUUCGAAAUUUUUUUAUUAUAUAGUAAAAUUUAUAUUACAUUUAAAAGAAUUAUAAAUAAAAACGAAUAAUAUAACAUGCAUACACGAUGUAGAUUUAUUUUUAUAUACAUUACUAAA